AUGUCACAAGCACAGCAACAUCGCUCGGGUCCGCCUUAUGCGCCCACCAUGGCGGCCGUUGGGGGUGUCCCUUCAGUUAUACCCGACGUCCCUAUCUCCGCUGUCUUCAUCUUCUUAUACAUGGUUUUCGCGGCAACCAAUAUGACGAUAUUCCAAAUCAAUAACCGAAGAUCCCACAAAUUCAUCCCUUCCGUCGCCCUAUUUGCCUUUUGUAUGGCCCGUGUAGCCACCCUCACCUUACGGAUAGCAUGGGCGAACCGGCAGACAAAUAUUCGUCUUGCUAUUGCAGCUAAUAUCUUUGUUAACGCCGGCAUUCUCAUUGUUUACGUCGUCAAUCUAAUCUUCGCCCAACGUAUUCUACGAGCAAAACAGCCAUCGCUUGGUUGGCACACGGCACUUCGUAUCGCGCUCAAACUACUCUACGUCGGGAUUGCCUGUGCUCUGAUCAUGGUUAUCACAGCUGUGGUAUUAUCCGUGUACAGCUUGGAUCCGUAUACGCUACGAGCCUGUCGAGCUGUCCAACUGACGUCUGGCACCUAUCUCCUCGUCUUCACCACCAUACCGGUCUUCUUGACGGCUGCCGCUUACCUAUUACCUCGAUCCCCUAAAGAAGAAACAUUCGGAGAUGGAAGAAUGAAGACCAAGGCCGCUAUUGUCCUUACGACGGUCUGCCUGUGCAUGUUGACAUCAGGGUUCAAAAUCGGGACUGCGUACGCGCCUCCGCGAGCACUUAAUGACCCUGCUUGGUAUCACGGCAAGGCUCCGUUUUACGUCUUCAACUUUACGGUAGAGAUCCUUAUUCUAUGCGUCUUGACCCUAAGUAGGGUUGAUAAACGAUUCUAUAUUCCGGACGGGAGCAGUAAACCAGGUUACUACUCUGAUCGCGUCGGAUCGUUGUCGGGAAGUGUCAGGGAGAUUAAAGUCGAAAAGGAACGCCGUCAUGAGGACAUAAUCUCAGAUAGUGUUUGA